AUGAAGUCAUUGUUUGAGGAAGGUGUUAGUCUCGCUAAGCGAACAAUAGAUCUGUGCAAAGAUGCAGGAUUUCGCUUGCAUAAAUUUGUGGCAAACAAUGAAGAGGUGUUAAAAUCGUUGCCAAGCAGUUCAGUGGCUGAUGGAUGCAAACAGUGGAGCACACUUCCUACAGAACGAACCCUGGGUAUACUCUGGGAUGCUGGUUCAGAUGCCUUUCAAUUUAGUUCCUGUGUUCGAGAACGCCCUUCCACUCGUAGAGGUGUCUUAUCUAUGGUGAGCUCAAUUUUUGACCCUCUAGGGUUUCUUUCACCAUAUGUUUUGAAUGACAAGAAGAUACUGCAACAUCUGUGUACCAAUGAAUCUGAUUGGGAUCAACCAAUUCCAACAAGUGUCGAGCAGAAGUGGAAGCAGUAG